AUGGCUGAGAUGGAAAAGGAGGCGCGCGUAUCAGAGACGCACGAUGGCGCUCUCAACCAGGAUGCCAAUGCCGCUGUUCAGCUUGCCCAUGACGUCGACAAUACUGUCUAUUCCCCGUGGAGCCGUACGAUGCUCCGUCUAUAUGGCAUUCUGACGUGUGCCUAUCUGUGCGGAUGCCUCAACGGCUAUGAUGGCUCGCUGAUGGGUGGUUUGAAUGGAAUGGUGUCGUAUCAGAAGUAUUUUAACAUGACGGUGGCAGGCUCUAGUACUGGGCUUGUCUUUGCCAUGUAUAAUAUAGGAUCCGUUGCUGCUGUGUUCUUUACCGGCCCGACGAAUGAUUAUCUUGGUCGCAGAGCUGGCAUGUUCAUUGGUGCGCUAAUUGUUGUCAUCGGCACUUGUGUUCAAGCUCCAUCAACAACCUAUGACAUGUUUCUAGGGGGCCGUUUUGUUCUUGGUUUCGGUGUCUCAUUUUGCUGCGUAUCUGCACCUUGCUAUGUGAGCGAGUUUGCACACCCGAGAUGGCGUGGAACGAUCACAGGCCUGUAUAACUGUACGUGGUACAUCGGCUCGAUCAUUGCAAGCUGGGUCGUGUAUAGCUGCAGUUAUCUUGAGCGACCGGAUGCAUGGCGAAUUCCCAUUUGGUGUCAAAUGAUAACGUCUGGCAUUGUUGUCUGCGGCGUGUGGUUCUUACCCGAGUCUCCCCGAUGGCUGAUGGCCCGUGAUCGCCAUGACGAAGCAGCUCGCGUCCUGGCAAAGUAUCACGGAGACAAUGAUACCAGGCACCCUAUCGUCCAGCUCCAGCUUAAAGAAAUGACACAGCAAGUGAAGACUGACGCUAGCGACAAUAAGUGGUGGGACUAUCAUGAGCUUUGGAAUACGCAUUCAGCUAGAAGACGUUUAAUUUGCGUCCUUGGUAUGGCCUGCUUUGGCCAAGUAUCCGGUAACAGUCUCAGCAGCUAUUACAUGGCGGCAAUGUUAGAAACGGCAGGAAUCACCGAAGAGAAGAAGGUGCUCGCUCUGAAUGCAAUUAAUCCUGUUCUGUGCUUUGGUGGGGCCCUUCUCGGUGCAAGAAUGACAGAUGUCGUUGGGCGAAGGCCUCUUCUGAUCUAUACUACCAUAUUCUGCUCGGUGUGUUUCGCAAUUAUUACUGGGACAUCCAAGUUGGCCACAGAUGACCCAUCGCAGAUCAAUGCAGCCAACACGACAGUCGCGUUUAUCUUCAUAUUUGGGAUCGUGUUUUCAUUUGGCUGGACACCACUUCAAAGCAUGUACAUUGCAGAGACACUGCCAACAGCGACUCGUGCGAAAGGCACCGCGAUUGGUAAUUUCGCCAGCAGUGCGUCCAGUACCGUGCUACAGUAUGCUAGUGGACCAGCUUUCGAAAACAUCCACUAUUAUUUCUAUUUAGUGUUUGUUUUCUGGGAUCUAUUUGAAGUUGGCGUCAUGUAUCUGUACUUCCCUGAGACGAAGGACAGGACGUUAGAAGAGCUUGCCGAAGUAUUUGAGGCCCCGAAUCCAGUAAAGAAGAGUCUAGAGAAGAGAAGUGCUGAGACCGUCCUUAACACUUUGCAACUCGAAACAGAUGAGAAACACACUGUCUAA